AUGGACAGGGCUUACAACGCAGAGACGAACGAGAGCGAGAGCGAGACCUUCCGAGCCCACGCUCACGUAUGGCGCCACGCUUUCAACUUCAUCUCCUCCAUGUCCCUCAAAUGCGCCAUCGAGCUCGGCGUCCCCGACGCCCUCCACCGCCGUGGCCAUCCUGCGACCCUCCCUGAGCUUGCCACGGCACUGUCGGUCCCCACCUCCAAGACUACCGUCCUCGGCCGCCUCGUGGCCGUCCUCGUCCACAUGGGCUUCCUCUCCCGCCAAAAGGCCGCCCCCGAAAGCAAUGGAAUGUCGGAACACGAGGCCGACGAGCUAGGUUUUGAGUAUUCGCUAACUCCGGCUUCAUGUGCGAUUGUGAAGGGCCAACCCUUGGACUUGUCGCCGAUUGUACUGCUCACACUCGACCCGAUAUUCGUCGACCCAUUUCACUGCAUGAGCGAGUGGCUCAAGAGCGACAGCGAGACUGGCUCGCCCUCGCUGCGGACGCCCUUACACAUGAAGCACGGGAAGAGCAUGUGGGAGAUCAAGGCUCAAGACAAGAAGUUCAACCAGCGCAUGAACAGGGCGAUGGCGAGCGACGGGCCAGUGAUGGCGAGGUUGAUAAUGGACAAGUGUGGGGGGCGGCUUUUUGAGGGGCUGAGGACGGCAAUCGAUGUUGGGGGAGGGACCGGAGGGUUGGCGAGGGAGCUGGCGGAGGCGUUCCCAGAGAUGGAGUGGACGGUGCUCGAUCUGCCGCGGGUGGUGGCCGGCUUGGAAAGGACGAGGAAUUUAAAGUACGUGGGUGGCGACAUGUUUGAGGCUGUUCCUCCGGCGGACGCUGUUUUGCUCAAGUGGGUAUUACACGAUUGGAGCGACGAAGAGAGCGUAAAAAUACUAAAGCGGUGUAAAGAAGCAAUCACGAGCAAUAGCGAGAGAGGGAAAGCGAUAAUCGUAGAAGCAGUGAUUGGAGAUGGGCCGGAGGAAGGUGAGACGAUGAAGCUCUUCUAUGACAUGAUUAUGAUGGUGGGUACGACGGGCAAAGAGAGGAACGAGAAAGAGUGGGCAAAACUCCUUCGUGAAGCUGGUUUUAUUGACUAUAAGAUUACUCCCUUGGCGGGUUUUAGAUCUCUCAUUGAGGCUUACACUUGA